AUGCUCGUAAAUCGAGAAAGUAAGACUGGUGGAGUACCUGGAGGAGUAGCAACGGGAUUAGUAGCCAGUAGUCAACACAAUAUUCCUAUUAUAAUAAGAAGGUGUGUUGAAGAAGUUGAACGAAGAGGACUAGAUAUUAUUGGUUUGUAUCGAUUGUGUGGCUCCGCGACCAAGAAGCGCAUUCUCAGAGAAGCCUUCGAAAGAAACAGCAGAUCCGUUGAUCUAAGUCCGGACAACGUGCCGGACAUUAAUGUUAUUACAGGAGUUUUGAAAGAUUAUCUCAGAGAACUUCCAGAACCCCUCUUCACGAAAUGCCUCUAUCAGAUGAUGGUAGAUGCGCUUGGUGUUUGUCUGCCCGAUGAUCCAGAGGGAAAUGCUAAAUUAAUGUUCUCCAUUUUGGAUUGUUUACCUAGGAUUAAUAGGGCUACUUUAAUAUUCCUUAUGGAUCACCUAGCUUUAGUCGUAUCUGCGUCAGAUCGUAACAAAAUGUCUGCCCAAAAUUUAGCAACUGCCCUAGCUCCCCCAUUAAUGUUGCAAACAAGUGAUUCUAUAACCCCAACGACUGCUACCAAAUCGCACGAUAUCGAUUACCAGCAACCAAUCAGCGUCCUUAAGUAUCUUCUGCAAAUUUGGCCUACACCGAAACAUCAUCACUCAGGUAAUGUGUAG